CUCAGCACAUGACUCACUCUAUUUAUAUUCUCAGAUUUAUUUUAGAAAAUUAAGAAAUUUGCGGAUAGACGAAUAUUUUCAGUUUUGUUCGGCACAACGCACAGUUUGGUGAUAAGUUGAAGUAACUUCAACAAUCUUAUCGGUUGAUUACUUCCAGACGUUAAAUCUACAAGCAAUGAAGUGCUCAGCAUGUGCCAAUAAUGAAUGUGAAGGCAAAUAUGAGAAUCGCGAGAAAUGUCUUGGAGUAAAAGAGAAGAUCGAAUGCACAUGUAUUUGUCAAAAGACGAGAAAAGAAGCUAAUAUCGCAACUGCAACGUCUGUGGGAACUGGAAUCGCUACAGCUGCUGCCGGCGUUAGUCUCACAGUUAUGAUGGCAGCAAGUAUUCCUGUCAUUAUUGCUGGUGCAGCAAUUGUAGGAGCCGGAUCAUCACUUGUUCUCUCUCCAGUACAAAAGCAUCUUAGUGGUGAAUGUGUGACUGUCAAAGAAUCAGCAAAGGAAGUAGCUUUAGGUGCUACAAUCGGUGCUAUAACUGGUCCAAUAGGUGCAGCUGGAUCAUCGUUCGCAAAAGGGGCAUCAGCACUAAUGAGAUUUGGUAUACGAGCAAUUGCUGGAGCUAGUGCAGGGGCAGUAAGUGGAGUAGUUGGUGAAGGAGCUCGAUUCAUGAAAGGAGAGGAAGUGACAUGUAGUUCAGUCACAAAAUCUGUAGUAAUGGGUGCAGUUGUUGGAACUGUGGGUGGUGCAUCAUCACAAUUAGCCAGUAGUGUAUCCAGUGGUGUCUCAAAUGAAGUUGGGCAAGCAGUAACAAGAGUUGCGGUACAAGGAACAUCAGCAGCUGCAACAGACGCUGGAUUACAAUUAUAUCAAACAGGAACGAUUGAUGCACAACAAUUGAUUUUGAAUACAACAGGACAAGUCACAGUCGCAGGUGCAGCUGAAUUUAGUUCAUCAAUGGCACAAAGGACAGAUGCUUUUAACAGCAAGAUCAAUAAUGAAAAGAUAAGCAGCAGUAAUUUAUCACCUGAGGAUGCACAGAAAGUAAAGGAUAUAAUUAAAGAUGCAAAUGCUGGUAAACUUGACGGCACUAAAAAAGUUGGUGACAAUAAUUUGCAUGUUUUGGAACGUGACCGUGCUGGACAAGUUGCUGGAGAUAUCGGACAAAGUGCAGAGAAUGGAAAACGAGGAGCUGGAAGAGCAAUUUUAGAGAAUUAUAAAGGAAAGUAUGUUCUGGUUGAUCACACAAUGGAUCAUGACUACAAAGGAUGUAAAGCAAAUGUAAUCGUGUCAAAUCCAUUGGAUGCAACAUUGAGGCCUGAUCAAGUUAAUGUUAAUAUUUUACUAAAUAAUGAGACUGAUGACGACCGAGUAGAUCCUUUUGAUUCUGAUAAUAUUUGUGAUGAUAAAUAUGAAGAUAGAAAAAAUAAAUGAAAAAAUUUUUUUUUGAUUUGAAAUUAAAAUAUUAUAA